AUGAGUAUCGAAGGAAAGGAAGUUCCCAUGGUAAUAGAUACUGGAGCAGCGGUCACAAUAAUGCCCGAAACGAUGUAUCGACAUUACUUCCCACACAUCAAGUGCAGGACAGCAGACCUAGCUUUGCGAACUUACACCGGGGAAAAGCUGCAGAUACUGGGAAAGUCAAGCGUCAAAGUGGCCCAAACAGGCGAGGAAAUGCUCCUGCCGUUGGUGGUCGUCAGAGAUCAGGGCAGGAAAAUGCCAGCAUUAAUAGGAAGAGACUGGCUGGAGAGGCUGAGGCUAGAUUGGAAGUGUGUCUGCCAUCUGUCAAGUGACGUGGGGAAAAGGGUGGAGACGUUGCGGCGGAAGUACUCUGGAGUUUUCAAAGGCGUUCCAGGAGUGGUGAAGGACUUCAAGGCGCGUGUUCUCGUCAAGGAGGCAGCCCAACCAGUGUUUGCGAAAGCGCGACCAGUACCGUUCUCCAUGAAAGACCAAGUAGCAAAGGAGUUGGAGAAAUUGGAAGCUGAUGGCAUCUUGAAAAGAGUGUCAAGAAGCGACUGGGCAACGCCCCUUGUUGUGGUACCGAAGAGCAGCGGAGCAGGAUUAAGGCUAUGCGGGGACUACAAGAUCACCGUGAAUCCUGUUUUGAAGACCGAUCAUUAUCCCUUGCCCUUACCAGAGGAUUUGUACUCAACACUCGCCGGAGGAAAAGUUUUCUGCGUUCUGGACCUGUCACAAGCGUACCAGCAGGUUCCCUUGGACGAAGAAAGCAAGCCACUGCUGACAGUAAACACACAUCUCGGGCUGUUUCAAUUUCAGAGACUGCCCUUUGGAAUAUCGAGCGCACCAGCCAUUUUUCAGUCGCUAAUGGAUUCAGUUUUAAAAGGGAUUCCCAAGGUGGGAUGUUACAUUGAUGAUGUAAUCGUCGCAGGUGAAAACGUGGACGAAUGUCAGGGAACGGUGGAGAAUGUCUUGCAACGACUAGAACAGCACAAUAUGACACUGAAGGAAGAAAAGUGUCAAUUUUUCAAGCCGUCAGUUGUAUACUUGGGGCAUAAAGUCACACAGGAAGGCAUAUUCCCGACGGAAACCAAGAUAAAGGCAAUAAUCGAAGCUCCUCAGCCGAGUAAUGCUACGGAACUGCGGGCUUUCUUGGGCUUGCUGAACUUCUACGGGAAAUUUAUCAGGAAUCUCGCUACCAUAGUCGCACCGUUGUACGACUUGUUCAAAAGAGACCAACGCUGGGUGUGGACAGAAAGAUGUUUAAAAGCAUUUGAAGAAGCCAAACGGCGUCUGAUCGACAGCCAAGUACUCGCAUAUUACGACGUUAAGAAGCCUAUUGGUCUCAGCUGUGAUUCUUCGGCAUACGGCCUGGGAGCGGUCAUUUUCCACGUCAUGCCGGAUGGAACAGAAAAACCGAUCGCCUUCGCAUCUCGAACUCUCAGCGUUGCGGAACGUAACUACGCACAGGGAGAAAAGGAGGCUCUCGCAAUUAUCUUCGGAUUGAAGCGGUUCCAUCGUUACCUCUACGGCAGGAAAUUCCAGUUAUAUACCGAUCAUAAACCACUGCUAGGAAUUCUGGCACCGGAUAAACCUAUUCCGACAGUGGCAGCAGCUCGAGUACAACGCUGGGCCAUCACAAUGGCCGCGUACCAGUACACGCUACAAUACCGAAAGGGGAAAAAUAUGGAAGUGGCCGACGCACUUUCCAGGCUACCGCUUCCAGCAAGGCACAAUGACGAAAGCGAGGAGUGCUUGGCGGUCUUUGACUCGACACCUAUCACGGCCAGUCAAGUUGCGAAAUGGACAAAACGGGACCCAAUACUCGAGGCCGUACGACAGUUCACCGUAUCUGGAUGGCCUGCAACGUUUGAUGGAAAGUUUCAGCCAUUUUACGUUCGGCGACAUGAACUGUCACAGGAGCAAGGAUGCCUGACGUGGGGGCAACGGGUCAUCGUUCCUGAUACACUCCGGCAGCCAGUGUUAUCACUGCUUCACGAAGAGCAUCCUGGAAUUGAAAGAAUGAAAAUGCUAGCUAGGUCAUUUGUCUGGUGGCCUUUAAUGGACAAAGACAUCGAGUCAACGGUUCGUAAGUGCAACGUCUGCCAGACAACUGCGCCCGCAAAGACACCGGGACCACUGCAUCCGUGGACAUACCCAACGCGGGUCUGGCAGCGUGUCCACGUCGACUUUGCUGUAAAAGAGGGAAUGAAUCUCUUCGUGCUUGUAGACUCGUAUUCCAAGUGGAUUGAAGUCAGAUGUCUCAGCACCGCUACUGCUGCAAGGACAAUCGACACUCUGAGGGCUAUCUUCGCCGCGUACGGAUAUCCUGAAGAGUUAGUUAGUGACAAUGGGCCUCAAUUCAUUGCUCAAGAGUUCGCAGAUUUCAUACGCGGCCUCGGAAUCCGGCAUACGCGUACGCCGCCUUACCACGCAGCGUCGAAUGGCGCAGCCGAACGCCUAGUUCAAACGACCAAGACAAUAUUGCUCAAGCAAGUCUUGCAUGACAACAUGACAGGUCAACGCAGGACCCUCCACCAACGUCUUGACGAUUUUCUGCUGGCCUACAGGAAUACACCUAAUUCGGUAACUGGACGUACACCUGCGGAACUAUUCCUGAAGAGGCAGCCACGAGUGAAACUUUCACUUUUAAAACCAGACUUCGUUAAAGACAUGAGGACAAAACAGGAACAAAACGCUGCUAGGCGCAAUGAGCAUCGUGGAAGAGCCACGCAGUUCACCGUGGGAGAAAUAGUCUACGUGAAGACGACAAGAGGUGAACCUUUGGCGUGGGAGGAGGCCACAGUAGUUCAGCAAGUGAGCGAGGCAACGUUUUUAGUCAAGGUGAACAACCAGCUGCGCUAUGUACACAGUGACCACUUGAAACCACGCUGGGCACGUGCGUCGCCAACGUCGUUUCGGCACGAUAGGGGAACGUCAGCAAUGGACGAAGCUCCUAGCGGGUCACAGAACCUGUCAACGACUCCCUUGUAUGGUGACAGGACGUCGAGUGCUACAACCUCGGACACGCAAGCGCCCGUGGAAGGCGAUGCAGCAACUCCACUGGCACCAACAGAGACUCGUCAAGAGCCAGCGGUACAGCCGGGUGCCAACGUAACGUCGGACGUCGAUGUGACAAAUCCGCAUUCGGAACCGUUACGUCGCAGCAGUCGUCGUAGGCAACCUCCGGAACGCUUCCAAGCGGGAAUGCCUUGA